AUGCCCAGCACGGCUUACAGCCUCGGGCUCCUGCUGGCCCUGGCAAGUGCCAUGGUCACGCAGGGCUGCGGGGAGUGUCAGUCCUCCUGCAGUGGCACUGCAGACAGACCGGUGACACUGCAGGGGGACGAGUGGCUGACACACACGGCUCCUGGUGACCCGCCCUCAGUGGCCGAGGGCUGCCAGGCUACAGCCACCCACGACCCCCUGGUCCAGGAGCUGCUGCGGCGCAUGGAGAAAUCCAUCAAGUGUGGCAAGGCACCGAACCCCAGCAUCCUGCUGGCCAUGAACCUGGCUGGAGCCACUGACGGCCACGUCCACAGCCGGCUGCUCCAGGAGAUAAAGGAGAACGCAGUGGAGAGAGCCCAGACAGACAUGACCUCAGGAGAAGUGGCUCUGUACAUCCUCGCCCUCCUCUCCUCCUGCCAGGAUCCCCGGUGCGUCCAUGCCAUGGGGAAGACCAUCAACCUGAUUCCCAUCCUGAAGCAGAAAAUGAGUGAGGAGAUCAGCAAAAAAGAGAUCACCUGGUACAGACAGAGCCUGGACAUCCUGGCCCUGUGCCUGGUGAAGGAAUACGACAACCAAGAUGCGGUUGGGGCCGUGGCCACGGAGUUGCUGAACACCAACAGCUCCCUCAGUGUGGACACCCAGGCCAUGGCGGUACUGGCGCUGGUGUGCGCCUACAACCACACAGACAAGCAGGAUCUGGUCCAUGACGCACUAAAGGCGGUGACCAACAACUUCCUGGAUGAGCAGAAGAGCGGGCAUGGCAUGAUCGGGAACAUCUACAGCAUGGCGCUGGCCCUGCAGGCUCUGCAGACCUCGAGUGAGUUUUACGCCCCCCGGCAGUGGGACCGUGCCCAGGCCUUCUCUGUGGUUUAUGCCCACGACUACCAGCAGCCCAUGGCCAUCGCCCAGGUGCUGCCAGCCCUGGUGGGCAGGUCCUACCUGGAUGCAGGUAGGUGGGGACACAACGUCCCCGAGCCAAUGGCUGCCCCUGUCUCCAUGUGCCAGGUGCCCUCCCUGCCCCUCUCCCCACCCACAGCUCCCAUCACGGUGCAGUUCUCCAUCACCAACACGCUGAAGAAUUACUUCCACUACUCCACCUCGGUGUGUGUCCCACGUAACUCCACGCUGCUUCACGUGAUGAAGGUGGCAAUGAAGGAGAAACCUGACAUCUUUUGCUUCAAGACAAAGCCGACAUGCUGGGGUCCCUUUGUGACCUCCAUCCACAGGCUGGCUGGCAACGACACCGAAAGGACCUACUGGCAGUUCUUCAGCUGCUGGAGUCCUCUCCAGGAAGGUGGGCACCAAGGGGGGCGUGGGGCACAAGGGGCUGCGCUUGGGGGUCUCCAUGUCCCAGCCUCACUCCUCCCUCUGCUGCAGGGGUUGGCACCUACAAGCCAAAAAACUGGGAGCACGUCCAGGCUAUUUUCAGCACCUACUGAUGCCACCAAGACACCCUGGACCCAUCCACGGAACAAUAAAGUGCCAUUCCAGCAUGUCUCUGUGUGUUUUGUGUCCCUGGGAGAAAACGCAGCUCACAUUCCUUUAGUCUUCCUUCCAGCUGAAUUCCAUGAGCUCAGCUCCUCUCCUUCUCUUUCCCAGCACCGCACACAAGCACAGCCUCACCCAAACUCCAUGGAGUCAAUUCCCCCUGGACAUCAACAAAGCCUUUCCCCAGCAGCCAUGGGCUUGUUCCUGCAGCCACAUUCCUGGGCUUCAGUUCAACCUAUUGUGAUUCCCACACAAGCUCUCAUGGCAUUAAUCACGUGCAAUUAUCUCUGA